AUAUAUACGUUUGUUAUACGUAUACAUGACUAUUAAUCAACGACAUUCGUUAAAGCUGAUACCAUAGGUGUAAGAUAAACUCACUAAAACACUUACCGCGAUCUGGCUUACAAAAACACUUACCACUACCGGUGAUAUCGACCAAAGAUUUGCGGUAUUUAUAAUAAUUAUCUUUAAUUAAUGGAUCAGCAAAAACUGGUUUACUUAUGUAGCUCGGUUCAAUGUACAAUCAAAUCACUGCUAACUCAAAGACUUUCGUCUAGUUAUUUUAUAAGAAUUAACUCAGUAACUGAAUCUGAGUUCGUUAAAGAUUCGCUUUCUGUAUUACAAUCGAACGGUUUUGUUUUCAUUUUGAGUAAGAAAACUAUUAGGAGCACGUAUUGUCUAAACUUGCUCGGAAUGGCAGUUUCUUAUGACGUUCCUAUUAUUGCUGUUAGAAAAAUGGGAUAUGCAAAAGAUAGAGCAACAUUUAGACGCUUCCAAGAAGAAAUCGUCGAUAGAUCAAGACAGAAUGUUGUGGAGUUCAAUAGUCUUCAAGUAGUAACAACGCUUGAAAAAGUGUUGUGCACGCUAUACGAUCAUUCCUUAGCUUAUCACAAAAACGUCGCAGAACACUUUAUUGAAAAACUCUGUGAAAUGAUUGCCAAUUUUCCCAUAUGCCAAUAUAGAAGAAUAAAAGAGAAGGUUUGCAGUCAAAAAAUUAACGCCGAGAAAUGCAAAAACAAUACAAGUUCUUCUAAAUUUAAAGUUAAGCAAGAAACACACUCAAACUUAGUUUAUAGUAAAAAUAAGGAACAAUCGAGUCCAAAAAAAAAAAUAGAGAGCCCAAAAAAAAAAGAAAAAAAUAUUGACUUAGUUAUAACAAAACAAAAUGCAGCCAACAAGCAAGAAUGCGUAUUGAAUAAGAAACAAGUUCGAAGACAUUCAAGUCUUCCUCAAAUUAAAACAAACUACUUAGUAUCUGGACCAGGGGAACAUCCUAGCAUUUAUAUAUAUCCACCAUUAGUUUCACAAGACCAAUUGAACGUAAAAGGAUCUUGCACUUCUGAUGAAUUGGAUAUACACAUAUCAAGAAGAUGCUCAUCAAUUGAUCUAAGCGCUAUUUAAACCAUAUUCAAAGCGUUUUGAAAAGCAAACUAAAAUUGCUAUAGUAACGUUGAUUAGCAUUUUUUUAAUUUUAGAAAAAUAAUUAUUAGGAUACUUACUAAAAAAAAAAAUUAUUUUUAUAAAAGA